UUUGACUACGCGGGUCUUUCCCCUACUGCGUUACUCCCCUCCAGCUCAUCAGCAAUGGAAAUAUUUAGAAAAUAUUUAGGUGGUUCGACGGAAUCAGACGAGGUUGUUGGAGCUGAUAUUGUGGAUAAGCUUGUAGAUCGCUACCAGUCUUCAACUAGAAUUGAUGACAAGAGGGAUGCUUUACGGGCCCUGAAAGCGAUUUCUAAGGCAAGCAAACAUUUUUAAUCUUUAUAUAUCUAGGUGUUUAGAAGUACCGAUUGGAGGUUGGAACUCAAGCAAUGAUGAUCUUCUCUUCAGUCCUGAAAAAUGAUUGGGAGGAUUCGGAUUGUGUAUGUUACGCCUUGGAAGGCCUUUAUUCUGUGAUGAACGAUGAAAUAAGCGAACAAGUUGAACCUCAUGAGUUAGUCAAUAUACCAACUGACCUGGGUGUACAGUUCACGGAAAUGUAUAUGAAGAACACUGAGAAUUACCAAACUUUAUUGUCACUUUUGGAUGCACCUGAGAGUUUUAUUCGACGGAACGCUAUGCGGUUGCUUACAGUGCUUUCUAUCAAUCGUCUAAAAGAUACUCAAAAUGCUCUCCUUCAGUGUCGUACCGGAGUUUCAAAACUUGUGGAUAUACUUUCAGACACUCAUGAAGUUUUACGGAAUGAUGUCAUACUUCUUCUAACGGAACUCACCAAAGCAAAUGCUAACAUCCAGAAAAUAGUAGCCUUUGAAAAUGCUUUCGAUUGGUUACUGAAAAUCAUAUAUUCUGAAGGUCUGUGUGAUGGUAGUGUGGUUGUAGAAGAUUGUCUUCGUUUAUUAUUUCAAUUGUUAGACGGUAAUCCAUCUAACCAAGUCUUGUUUGCAGAAGGGAAUUUUAUUCAGCGUCUUUCGCUUUUAUUUGACUUGCAUUCUACUGAAAGUACACAGUCACACCUUUGGUCUGCACAGAAAGUUGUCAAUGCGGAGGUAGCUAUGCAGGUUGUUCAAACCUUGGUAGCGCCUUGUAAUAAAGCUCAAUUAACGCGAAACUGCCAGAAUGUGAUUUAUGAUUGUGGUCUUCUAGAAAAACUAUGUAAUAUUGUGAUGAUUAGUGGUGUUCCAGCAGAUGUCCUAACAAAAUCAAUCUAUGCUUUAGCGGACUCAAUACGUGGAUGCCCAAGAAAUCAAGAAUAUUUAGCAAAUUUAGUUACACCUUCAGAGCCCCCUCAAUCUGCUGUGAAUGUGCUACUCGUAUCUAUGUUAAAUAAGCAUCAAUCUGUAGUUGUGCGUGUAGCUACGCUAUACUGCUUUCAAUGUUAUCUUGCUUCCAAUCAUCAAGGACAGAAUGCAAUUGUGAUGACAUUGCUGCCUAAACCUAAUGAUGUUCCACAGCUUGGUGUUAGCGCUGGUCAGUUGCUUUGUGGAGGAUUGUUUUCCAGUGAUUCAUCAGCUUGGUUUUCUUCAAUAGCUCUUCUUCAUUGUAUCCAUGAUAAUGUACAGCUUAAAGAAGAACUUUUGCGCGUACAUUUAUCUCCUAAUGAAGGAGCUCUACCUGUUACCCUUUUUCAUCAGUGCUUUAUAUGGCAACAACAGUGUAAUCGUUUUCAAACUCGCAUGGGUUUACUGCAAUUAUUAUGUACUUGGUUCACAAACUGUUCUGAAGCAAUAAGAUGUUUUUUAAAUCCAUCAUCCGGUACAGGAGAUGAUCGGACAGAAUCAGUGAAUCGUGGCUCGUAUUUAUGGACGCUUAUUGCAGAAGCGUGCGCAGUGGAUAAUGACGAAAAUGAAGCAUUAGUUCACGGUUUGACUACAUUAUUAGUUUGCAUCUGUGUAAUUUACAAUCCUGGGAAUGUAAAUGGAUUUGAAAGAUCAACAUUAUAUAAUGCCCUGGAGAAACGUAUCGGGAUAGAUAUGAUUUUAGAACGUCUAAGUCAAAUAUCCAAAGCUGAAUCAUUUAUUACAGCCUCAAAAAAACCUCAAAUAUCUGUUCAGUCUACUGAUGAUUUAAUAUUUGAUUAUACAUUUACACGUUUAUUCAAACGAUUAGAAUAUGAAGUAAUGCAUACAUUCCAGUUGGACAGUAGUAAUAAUGGAGUAAAGAAUUGUACUUCAUUUAGUGAUAAUCACCAAAAUAGUAAACCUGUCGAUCCUACAAUUACAACAAUAAGUAAACAACAAUAUGAUGAGAAGCUGGCAAGACAGGAGAAUGAGAUAGCGAUGUUGCGUAAUCGUAUAAGUGUAUUAGAAUCUGAGCUGAAUACUUGUCGUUCUACAAUUAAUAGUAAUACUCCAAGUGAUGCAAAACAGAAUAACAUGGUCAAUGAAGAUCAACUACAAAAAUUAACCAUAACUGACAAUGUUACUAUUCAAAAUUUAGAACAGAAGUGUUUAAUGCUUGAAAAAGAACGUGAUAAUCUACGUGGUGAACAUGAAGAUUUAUUAUUACUUUUAAAUGAUCAAGAUGUAAAAAUUAUGAAAUUGUGUAAACUUGUUCGAGAGUUAGGCGGUCUUAUACCAAACGAUAUUGAAUUAAAUAAUGUUAGUGAUUCACAAAUUACAGAUAAUCAUCAUAAUCAAUUAAGUAAUGAAAAUACUAAUCAAUCAUUAUCCACAUUUCAAACAAUUCCUUCAACUCUUCAACCAGAUACAUUACAGUGUCCAACAAAUUUCUCAUUUACAACUUCUGAACUAACUUUAUCAUCUAAUUCAAUAAGUAUUUCAACACCCUCAUUAUAUUGUGUUUAUGAUGAUAAUAAAUUACUUCAUACAUCACCACCUCCAUUAUUAUCUACUAAUUCUAUACAAAAUGUAAUCAUGUCAACAACAGUAACAACAAGUCAAUAUUACUGUCCACAAGUAUAUUUUAAUGCUGUAACACAAAACUAUCCAUGUUCACCAUCAUCUACUUCAGUAACAUUGUAUUCUACUAAUAAUUAUCCAAUGAUAUCAUCGAAUUCGUUGAAUAAUGAUCAUUUGAAUUCAUAUACAAAUACACAAUAUUUUAAUGUUAAACAAUAAUAAAACAUUAAUUAAAAAGAAUACAUUUUAAAACUUCUGAUAUUACACAUGAAAUAAUUGUACAUUACUUUAAUGCAUCAUAUGAUGCCUACGGUUUUUUCUUAUUUGAUUCAUUCCUCUAUGAAUAAAUGAAUAGAAACUUAUUUUUUAUGUGUAAAUGCGUUAGUUCAUCUUAUUUAAUUGUCAAUUUGUUUAACUUUUUUUUUACUUUGAUUUUCUUUUCUUUUUUAUUUGAUGUUUUAGGUUCGUUGUUUCCGCUUUUUUUCCCCUAAAUAACAACCCCAAAAUAUUGCGUUGUGCUUAUUAUUGUAUCUUCAACUUUUUUUCUUCUUCUCCUCCUCAAUAUUUUCUAAUAUAAAAAGCGGUUUGUUCUCAAGAAAAGGAAUAAAUUUUUUUAAGAAAAAAAAAUUGAUUUAUACGUAGAUAGUUGUAGGGUAGGGUCAACGUUGAAAUUUGGACUGUUUUUACUGAUUGUAUACACUCAAUAAUUAGUUGUUCUGGUCUCCUGUUUAUCUAUAUUCCAUGGAUUGUAGUGGUUUUUUUUCUGGUUGAUUUGUGCUCUGUUGAGUAAUUUACUUGGAUAAGAUGAUAUUGUUUUUAAAUUUAACUGGUUCUUCAUUCAACUCUGUUAAUUUCUUAUAAGAUGGAGAUUCAUGUUCAUCGUUAAUUAACAAACGAUGUAUGUAUGCUAAAGACAAUAUUUCGUAAAAUAUGCGUGUGCUUUUGUAUACUGAUGCUUUUUAUGUUGUUACUUGACAUAAUCAACCUAACUUCAUUCACUAAGUGAAAGUAAUAUAUUUAGGAAAUGUAACUUGUAUAAUGAGUGUGUUACUUGUGUAUUUGAAAUUCAUUGUGUAAUUGAGGAAGAAAUAAAGAAAACUCAAUGUAGAAAGUUUUCGUCUCUACAAUAUUGUUUACUGAAGUUACACGAUCGUAUUGAUAAUGAGUUAACAGAUGCAAUCUGUUAAGAAGAUUCACAUAUCAAAGUAGGGUUACACAGUGAUCGGGAAGUUUAAAAAAAACAAUAAAAUGAAACCGAAUGUAUGAAUGGUAAGUGUAGACUUGAUAAGUAUAAAAGUCGUAGGGAAAAAACCAGAAACUCCCCUAGGUGGAUCCUUCAUGUCCACCAACCCGGUUAAAGC